AUGAAACCAGGCAAAGCAAAACGUUUACGAAAUAAGAGCAGUGAAAUAAAUAUGAGUCACAUUUUAACGAAUUUUUUCACAGUUAUAUUAUUUUUGGUAUUUGUUUCGGCAUUUUAUCUCGUAGUAUCGUUUAAACCUCUCUCAAAGGAAGAACAGAUUGAAAGAAUCGACAAAAUGAACAGCGAGGUGGAACCAUUCAGGAAAAACUUGACGGAAUGCGCUCGACAAGUAAAAGCUUCUAUGGUGGACGUCGAAAAUUUCUUAAAAAGAAUACCGCAAUCAACAAUGCAGGGUAAAUGCUUUGUCGCUUGCAUCCUAAAGCGAAAUGCAAUUAUAAAAAACAAUAAAAUCACACAAGAAACCCUUUUAGAAGCUAAUAGAGCUGUUUAUGGAGAUGACAGUGAAGUAAUGAAUCGAUUAAAAUCAGCAAUCGCUGAAUGCAAUAAUGUCGUUGAAGGUAUUUUUGAAAUAUGUGAGUAUGCAUCUGUGUUUAAUGACUGCAUGCAUAUAAAAAUGGAACAUAUUUUGGAUAAAGUAACUAUGGAGAGACGGAUGGAAGCAUUAGGUCAAAUGACAUCAAAUCCCGACGAAUGGACUGACGAAGAAGAUGAAAUUUUGAAGUUGGUAAAGGAUGAACUUUAG